GAAGUAGUAGAAGAAGAAGAAGAAGAAGAAGAAGGAGAAGAAGAAGAAGAAGAAGAAGAAGAUCUUGCUUGACUUUGGGUUGCUACAAAAUAACAAAAGCUUUAAUUACAGCCUCCCCUACCGACGAGCUACCCAAAAUACAUGUUUGUUUUAUGUUUUUGAACGCCUACCGAAAGUAGUCAGCUAACAAAAGGAUGUUUCUAACACUGCACGGUGCUUAAUUAAGGACACAUUUGGACCAGCCGUUGCAACAUACUCAAUCGAACGUGUGAACGUGACGUUCCCUCGCGCUGCUUAGCUAAAUAUAAAAGCUAAAACGCACCAAGCGUUCAACCCACUUCUUCAACUGGCCAGAAGAUGGCGGCGUUGCAAAAGCUAUCAGACGAUGGAGGAGGUGGGAUUUCCUCUCCUCCUCCUGAACAUCUUCCUACUCUUCCUAGGGAUGUAUGAGCGUGCGGUGCACCUGCUUUAUGUAUAUAAUCGACAGCUGAAAUGCUCUGUUUUGACCAGUGUCAUCAAUAGCCUUACGAAAAGGUUUACACGAGCUAUUCUGUAGUUCCCGACAGGCCUCGACUCCGUGUCAUUUAGGUAAAGGAUGUUUUUUUGUUUCGGGGUGCAGCAGUGAGACAGCAUCUUUGCCGGGUGACACAUCAUUCUCAGCACGAGUGGACAAGCCCCGUAGGACGCUAUGUCGGACAAAAGUGACCUAAAAGCAGAGCUGGAGCGCAAGAAGCAGCGCCUCGCCCAAAUCAGGCAGGAAAAAAAGAUAAAGGAGGAGGAGAGGAAGAAGAAAGAGGUAAGGAAAAAAUCGGAGAGCCAGCAGAAGAGAGAGGCCAUCCCAGAGGUUUCAGACUUGGAUCGUAAGCGCAGGGAGACUGAGGCCCUGUUACAGAGUAUUGGCAUCUCACCGGAGCCUCCAUUAGUCCAUUCCUUGCAGCCUUUAAUGUUAGAUUCAUGUUAUUUUCGUUAUUUAGUCCCGACCCCUGUGUCACCCUCCAAAUCCAUGAGCACACCCAGUGAGACGGGGAGCCAGGAUUCAACUGAUGGAGGAGCAGCAGGCAGAUUUUACAAAUUGGAUUUUACAAAUUGGUCAGAUUUCUCUAAAAACAAGUCCCAAGCACAGAGCUCAAGGACUCUGCAGUGGGACACAGACCCCUCUGUGCUGCAGCUGCAGGCUGAUUCUGAGCUCGGGCGCAGGAUGCAGAGGCUGGGAGCCUCUAAGAUCACACAGGUAGACUUCCUUCCCAAAGAGAUGGUCUCUUACUGCAAGGAGACACAAACGCCACUCAACGCCCACCUAUCUGAAGUUGAGGAGGAAGAGGAAGAUGAGGAGAUGAUGGAAGCGAAGCCAGGCCCAGAGUCGGAGCAGCAGGAUGAAGAUGACAACAGGGAAAACAAAGAAGGCUCGUCUCCAGUCCUGCGGGAGCUGACGGAGGAGGAGAGGCAGCAGAUCCUGCACUCUUCGGAGUUUCAGAGUUUCUUCGACUCCAGCAUCCGGGUGAUGGAGAGAGCUCUGGCCGAAGACAGCAACAUCUUCUUCGACUACAGCGGCCGGGACCUUGAGGACAAAGAGGGAGACUUGGGUAGCGGCUCCAGUCUGUCCCUCAGUCGACUCUUCUACGAUGAACACUGGUCGAAACAUCGCGUGAUCACCUGCCUUGACUGGUCCCCUCAGUAUCCUGAGUUGCUGGUCGCCUCCUAUAACAAUAAUGAAGAUGCUCCCCAUGAACCGGAUGGUGUUGCCCUAGUAUGGAACAUGAAAUUUAAGAAGGCCACACCAGAGUACAUCUUUCACUGUCAGUCUCCUGUAGUAUCUGUGGGCUUUGCCAAGUUUCAUCCCAACCUGGUGGUGGGGGGGACUUACUCGGGGCAGAUCGUCCUGUGGGACAACCGCAGUCACCGCCGGACCCCCGUCCAGAGGACUCCUCUGUCUGCUGCUGCUCACACUCACCCGGUGUACUGCGUGAACGUGGUCGGCACCCAGAAUGCCAACAACCUGAUCACUGUGUCUACAGACGGCAGGAUGUGCUCCUGGAGUCUGGAUAUGCUCUCCCAGCCACAGGAGACCAUGGAACUGGUUUACAAUAAAUCCAAACCUGUGGCGGUGACAGGCAUGGCUUUUCCCACGGGAGAUGUUAACAACUAUGUGGUGGGGAGUGAGGAGGGCACUGUGUACUCUGCAUCCAGACAUGGCAGCAAGGCGGGUAUCUGUGAGAUGUUCGAGGGCCACCAGGGCCCGGUGACAGGCAUCAGCUGCCACGGCGCAGUGGGCACCGUCGACUUUUCCCACCUCUUCAUCACAUCCUCUUUCGACUGGACCGUCAAACUCUGGAGCACCAAGCACAACAAGCCUUUGUACUCAUUUGAGGACAACGCCGACUAUGUGUAUGACGUCAUGUGGUCGCCCGUACACCCUGCGGUCUUCGCCGCCGUGGAUGGCAUGGGCCGCUUAGACCUGUGGAACCUCAACAACGACACUGAGGUACCAACUGCCAGUGUGACCAUCGAGGGGGCUUCGGCCCUCAACAGAGUCCGCUGGUCGUCGGGGGGGAAAGAGGUUGCUGUGGGCGACUCAGAAGGCAGAGUCUGGAUCUACGACACUGGAGAGCUGUCAGUGACGCACACCGAUGACUGGUCUCGCUUCGCUCGAACGCUGAUGGAGAUUCGCGCUAACCGGGCGGACGGCGAGGAGGAGGGGCCUAUGGAGCUGCCGUCGUAGAACAGGACUCCAAACCAAAGAGGAAGAAACCAGAGAGCGGAGGGUGUACUACGAAGCGAGAUUAGUGGGUGAGCGAGGUACGCUGAGGCUGAAGCCAGAAGGUUCAAUGUCACGAAGGUGGCUCUCUUUUAACCUGGCUUACCUCGCCAUGGUAACUUCACCUGCCCCGGAGGAGCUUAAGUUUAAAGUUUUGGAUUGAAAUUGACAACAAACAAAAAAAGAAGCGCCACCCUUUCCCUAAUCAACUCCUGUUGACCUGUGUGUCAGACGUUCUCUUCAGAGGUUUAUAUAUCCGCUGGCUUUUCCUCAAGAUACUCUCUGUGAGCGGCAGAUUCUCAGCUGUGGGGAUAUGAUAUGAGCCGCACAUUAGUAAUGCCACUGGAAGAAGACACCUACAUGCAUUCGUUGAUACAGACAAAUGUGAGCAAGAACACUGAAUGCACCAUAUACAGCUUGUUCUGGCCCUCACUUAACUACUGAAUGUGUUUGUAGUGUUCCACACUGUCUAUAAAAGAAGCCUUCUGUAAAAUCGCAGGUAGCAUACAUUAAUAAUUCACUUACAUCAUUAAUCAGAAUGACAUCUUCCUGCAAUGCAGUAUAAUUCCCUCAUAGGAGUUCUUAGUGUAAUAUAUGCAGUAGAUUGCAGCCACAUGCUCGUCACUGGAGCCUUAUGGGAACAUGAGGGCGAAUGCGUUCAGAGACAAGUCAUCAGUCUGGUGCCGCUGACCCCCCUGCAGUUAGUUUCAGGUCAUCUCAACCCUGUCAAACAGCAAAUCAUCCAUACACUAAAAGAAUGAAGGCAAAGCAUCUACAUUCAGUUUAGUCUGUUAGUAGUGAUCACUCAUAUUCAAACAAUAAAAUGUAUUUCAC